UUACAUGCCUAGCUUGCAGUUAUGUGUCGUGUCCCCCCCCGCAGACAGUGGAGGCAUGAUGGACAGGCCUUGCACCCUGACUGGGACCCCAGAAAGCAUCGAGCAGGCCAAGCGGUUUUUGGGGCAGAUCGUGGACCGGUGUCGGAACGGACCGGGCUUCCACACUCAGAUGGACGGGAACAGCGCUAUCCAAGAGAUCCUGAUCCCGGCCAGUAAAGUCGGCCUGGUCAUCGGGAAGGGAGGCGACACCAUCAAACAGCUGCAG